AUGGCUGCACCGGAGAGUAUCACGCUUCGCAAUUUGACCGGCCGGUGGCGUAUGAACGCUGCACUGUCUGAUCCGUAUGAUGAGAUGCUCAAGGCUCAGGGCGUGAGCUGGCUCUGGCGCAAGGUGCUGGUCAAGUCGGGCGCGGAGCUCUGGGUCACGCAGACGAAUGAGAACGGCGUCGACCACAUCGUCAUCCACGGCAAGUCGAGCAAUGGGCUCCCCGACAGCAAAGAAGACCGCAUCGUCAACGGAACGUGGAAGGAGCUCAACUUUCCCAUCUUUGGCAAGAUUCGCGGCAGCACGCGGUGGGUCAAAAGGGACGAGCUGCCGUCUACGUGGCUGACCGAGGACAUGCUCCUGGACGAUGACCGCGUUAUUUUGAUGGAAACGAUUCAGCUCAACAUCAACACAAAUACGAAGCAAGUUAAUGGGUUCCGAAACGUCAAGGGUGAGAGGCGCUAUGUCCGGCAUGUGGAGGUGCUGAAUGAGGACAAGAAGGUCAUACGGGUGAGGCUGGUGUAUGAUUAUUUAGGCCCGUUGGAGUAG